AUGAAUACAAAUCCAAGAUUAGCUGUAAGCACUAUUCAUUUAGUAAAAUCUGAACACGGCUAUGAAAAUGUCAACCGUUUUAAAAAUGAUCUAUCAAAGAAUCUUAGAGAGCAACGAGAAGAAUAUGAACAAGAAAUAGAUCGAUUAAAGAAAGCACAUAAUGAACAAAUAAAUAAAUUCUGCAAUGAAAUAGAUCAAUAUUCAUCAUUGGUACAUCAAUAUAAAUUGGAAUUGGAUUCAAUGCGAACAGAAAUUCAUAUGAAGGAAAAGCAAGAGUCUUAUGUUAUUCAAAAUUUAGAAACAAAAAAUUCUCAAUUAUCAAAUGACAAUACAAAAUUAAAAAAAGAAUUAUCAAUUCUAACAAAUAAAUAUGAAACAGUAUCACAGGAAAUGCAAGAAGCUCGAAAAUAUUUACUAACAAUGAUAGCGAGAUUAAAUUAA